GCGGCGAGAAAGCCGCUAACACCACAGAAGAAGCGCUGUGUCCUUCACAACAGCUAACAUGGCUACUGCUACUAGACUCAUCCAGAGGCUGCGGAACUUUCUAUCAGGGCAUGAUCUGCAAGCCAAACUGCAGCUUCGUUAUGAAGAGGUUGCUAAAAGGACACAACCACCACCGAAGCUGCCUGUAGGCCCGAGCCACAAGUAUGCUGCAAACUACUAUUAUACUAGAGACGGACGCAGAGAGUCGGUACCCGCCACUGUCGUGAUGUCUUCACAGAAGGCCCUGACUGCUGGCAGUGAAGUUGCUGAAACCCCGAAGGUUCCAGUGACGCCGGGUGCUGUGUAUAAAGAGCCAUCGCUGUCCACAGAUCAGCCGUACCUCUGAGCAGCAGGACAAACUUCCUCACUUCUCCAUCCAGACCUGCUGCCGAGCCCCGAGAACAGCAAGUGGUGCUUGCAUCUUGUACAAUAGAAAGUGUGAAUAAAAUAUGUUAUAUGUU